CGGGCGCGGCCGGCCGGGGCGCUCCCGCUUCGUUCCUCGCCUGUGCCGCGGCCGGAGAACUCACGUCUGUCUCGUGAAACUCUCCUGGGGAGCUCGCCACGUGCUGCUGAAACGGGAGCUCUGGCGACACCUUUCCCAGAGUGACCUCAAGGACCCUGCUCUCCAAGCUCACCAAUUCCCACAACUGCAUGAUGGAAGGCCCAGGAGCUGGGGCGCACCCUGCUUCACCCCUUGCAGGAGGUGGCCCAGGUGGAGCUGGGGCAUGGCCCCCAGUCGCCUCGGGAAGGCCGGCCUGUGCCCGCAGAGACCACUAACGAGGUACAGAGAGGCCCUGCCGCUCCAGACAAAGACGUUCCGCGGGUGCCAGGGACGCAGACGGAAGUGUCUCUGCUGCUGGGAAGUGGAGCCAAGCCCGCGCCCGUCAUCAGCCAUGAGGAGUGCUGUCCUCCUCGUUGCCAUUCUCUCCUUUAUGAGCCGAGCCCCACCAGCCAGCAGCAGCUUCUGGGAGAUUUGCGAGCGUCCGAAUGGCGCCUGCCGGGAAUUCUGCAUCGAGUCCGAGGUGCAAGCUGGGAGAUGCUUAAAUGGCCGGCCUUGCUGCCUGCCCAUGGGGAACCAGCCGCUCGUCGACAACACCACACCCGGCGAGUGCUGAGGCCGCUGGGAAACCGCUUCUGGAUGUCUUCCACGCGAGCUCUUUUUAGUUACGGCCUCAUUUUCCUGCCAGGGCUCUUCCUGAGUCCCUAAUAAAUACACAGCAAAAUCAGCCAACACAAAGCCCAUGUUAAAACUUUUUAUUAUUAUCACUGAUUCCUGUUGGUUCCGUCUUAGUUUGCAGCGGGGGGAAUUCUGAAAAUAAUCGGGAUUGGGGGC